CAAUACCAUUUAAAAGUAGCUUCAAUAAUAAAAAAUGGCAUUCGAAAAAAAAACAAAUCACCGAAUGACACAUAAUGUAUAGAAUAAAAUCACAUGAAUAUAUAAUAUAUAUUAAGAAAUAUUGACAAUGCGUGAGUGUACAUUCCGAUGAUUAUCAGUACACUGAAAUGCUAGAAUAUCGUACCCAAGGUAUUCAUGUAAUAUGAACAUAUGUAAUGUUAUUGGUUAUAGUCAGUAGUGGGUGCAGGUAGCAAUAGCACACGACUCGUAUUGUGACCGCCACUGCGCUACUGCAGUUCAUUCGUUGAACCUGCUUAGACACAAUACUACUACAAAAAUAAUAAUACAAAAGUACACUCUAUAAUUAUAAUAAAUACUAUAUAAUACGCAAAUCAAAAACAAAUGUUGGUAGAUUUUAUAAAACAUCUUCCCUUAAUGUACAGUUUCAAUAAUUCUAUAUUCCGUAAUAAUCAUGUGUGACCGAUAUGUGUUUGAUGACUUAAAUAUCGCAUUGUUUCUUUUAAAUCUAUUUUCGUCAUCUCUAAAAUGAUGUUUAUUUAUUUUUGUAUUAAACGAUACAAGUAUAAUCAAAUUAAAAUAGACAAAACACAAAAUUGUCUUGAAAAGUUAAGUAACAGUGGGUUUAAUAUCCUCAAGUGUCAUUUAUUAAAGUAUAUACGACGAUUGACUGAGUUAUUAUUAAUAAUUUUAUCGAUAACAAUGCUUGAAUCAUGUGCAUAUUUUAUUUGACCAUAAUUAUUUCGAGGUUAUGUUAUUAAACGGAAAGAAUGUGAUGAUUUAAUUACUUCCGUGACUAAAAAUAUUAAAAAACAAAGUGGAGUUAAAGUUUUAGACAAAAAAAACAAAUAUUUUUGUUUACAUUCUAACUCUUAUUUUUUAUUCACAUUAAUAACAAAGACAUGUAAUUUUUACAUUAUAACUGGCGGGAAAAUUUUAAAUACCGUCAAUUAUGAUUUAUGAGAAUUUUAAAUGACGCGGUAGACGUCAUUAUUGAUAAAGAUAAUCAUAGCAUGGAGCAUUAUUACAAACGCUUGAACUAACAGAAUGUCAGUUCAAAUGAAACACAUUUAGUUAAAAUAAUAUCCUGUAUCAUUGGAGUCGAUGCAGACGUCAUCGCGUGGAAACACCCGGGUGUCAAACUCAGGCCCGUUCACGCCUCCUGAUUUAUCAUCAAUACCUCAUAUGGAUGGAACUGUUACACCUAACCAGACAAAUAGUAUCAAUAGCAUAACAUCAGAAGAUGUACCAGUAACAGCUGAUGGUGUUGUUGAUUCCGAUUCUGGUCCCUAUAUUGUUGGUAGUCCAAUCGAUCUGAGUAAUAUAGAUAAUGUUGAUAACAUUAGCCUUCGAAUUGGUUCUAUUCGUGGUAUUAUAAGAGGUGGAGGUAAGGAAGGAAAAAGAAGAAGACGAACUCGAGAACACAUUGAACUUGAAGAAUCUAAUACUUUAGAAUCACAACCUCCAGUAGGUAGUAGUAGAACGGAAAAUGGAUCUCAAAAUGGUGAUAGACAGACAGUACCACAGGAAGAUCAAGAAGAAAGAAUAGUAUUUGUAAAUGCUCCUCAUCAACCAGCCAAAUAUAGAAAUAAUCAUAUAACAACAGCUAAAUAUUCUAUACUUUCUUUCAUACCGUCUUUUCUUUUUGAACAAUUUCGUCGAUACAGUAACUGUUUCUUCCUCUUCAUAGCACUUAUGCAACAAAUACCUGAUGUAUCACCUACAGGACGAUAUACAACUCUCGUACCACUUAUUUUUAUUCUUAGUGUAUCAGCUCUCAAGGAAAUAGUAGAAGAUUUUAAAAGACAUAGAGCUGAUGAUGAAAUAAAUAAAAGGAAAGUGGAAGUGUUAAGGGAUGGAAAAUGGCAGUGGAUUCAAUGGUAUACAGUUGCUGUAGGUGAUGUUGUUAAAGUCCAUAACAAUAACUUUUUUCCUGCUGAUCUAAUCCUUUUAUCAUCAUCUGAACCUCAAGGAAUAUCAUUCAUAGAAACAGCUAACUUAGACGGGGAAACAAACUUAAAAAUUCGUCAAGCUCAUCCAGAGACAUCUACGCUCAUUGAUACUGCUGAGUUGAUGAAUUUUCAUGCUAAUAUCCAAUGCGAACCUCCUAAUCGUCAUCUCUAUGAAUUCAAUGGUAUUUUACGUGAGACAAACAAAAAAAGUGUUGCCCUAGGCCCAGAUCAAUUAUUAUUACGUGGAGCAAUAUUAAGAAAUACCAAGUGGGCAUUUGGUGUUGUAAUUUACACUGGACAUGAUACAAAAUUAAUGCAAAAUAAUACUGCAACAGCACCAUUAAAACGCUCAACAUUAGAUCGUUUAACAAACACCCAAGUGCUUAUGCUUUUUUUUAUUCUUGUUCUACUGUGCCUUUUUUCAGCUGUAUUUAAUGUUCUCUGGACAAAUGCUCAUCAGUCUGGUCUCUGGUAUUUAGGCCUACAGGAUGCAAUGACAAAAAAUUUUGCAUUUAAUCUCCUUACAUUUAUUAUUUUAUUCAAUAAUUUAAUACCAAUAUCACUCCAAGUUACAUUAGAAGUCGUGAGAUAUAUUCAAGCGACAUUUAUCAAUAUGGAUAUUGAAAUGUAUCAUGCUGAAUCUAAUACACCUGCAAUGGCAAGAACAAGUAACUUGAAUGAAGAGCUUGGUAUGGUAAACUAUGUGUUUACUGAUAAAACUGGAACACUUACAAAAAAUGUUAUGGAAUUUAAAAGAUGUUCAAUAGCUGGUAAAAUAUAUGAUUUACCAAAUCUUUCAGCACCUGGUAAUAGUUCAUUUGACUGUGAUUUAGUAAAAACUUUAAUGGAAAGUCGUAUGAAACAAGAUAGUAACAGUGUAUUAACUGGAAAUGAUAAAAAGAAAUUAAUUUCUUCAGCAUUUAUUCAUGAAUUUAUGGUAAUGUUAUCUGUUUGUCAUACAGUUAUACCUGAAAUUGUAAAUGAUGAAAUUAUUUAUCACGCAGCAUCGCCCGAUGAAAGAGCUUUAGUUGAUGGGGCAAGAAGGUUUGGGUAUAUUUUUGAUAUAAGAACCCCCGCAUAUGUAGAAAUUGUUGCUUUGGGUGAAAGAUUGCGUUAUGAAAUUCUAAAUGUUAUUGAAUUUACAUCAGCACGUAAACGUAUGUCUGUUAUAGUACGAACUCCUGAAGGUAAAAUAAAAAUAUUUUGUAAAGGUGCUGAUUCUGUUAUAUACGAAAGGUUGGCAUCAAGGCCUACUGAAACAAGUGACAUUGAGUUUGAUGAUUAUGAUGAUUUUCGACAAACAACACUUGAACAUUUGGAAACUUUUGCUUCUGAAGGUUUGAGAACUUUAUGUUUUGCAGUUGCUGAUAUACCGGAAACCCGAUAUGAUUGGUGGCAUGAAAUUUAUCAUAAAGCUUCAACCACAUUAUCAGGAAAAGAGUCAAAAUUAGAAGAAGCUGCUGAUUUGAUUGAAACUAAAUUAACAUUGUUAGGAGCAACUGCUAUUGAAGACCAUCUACAGGAUCAAGUACCCGAAACGUUACAAGCACUUAUUCAAGCUGAUAUUAAUGUUUGGGUUUUAACUGGAGAUAAACAAGAGACUGCUAUAAACAUUGGAUACUCAUGUCGUUUAAUAACACAAUCAAUGCCAUUGAUUAUUGUAAAUGAAAAUUCUUUAGACAAAACCCGUGAUGUUAUUAUUCAACAUUGUACUGAUUUUGGGCAAGAUUUACGUUGCCAAAAUGACGUUGGAUUAGUUAUAGACGGGAAUAGUUUGAAAUAUGCUCUCUCCUGUGAUCUUAAAAGAGAUUUUUUAGAUUUAUGUACUUCUUGUAAAGUUGUCAUAUGCUGUCGUGUAUCACCUAUGCAAAAAGCUGAAGUCGUUGAUUUGGUUACAAGUAAUACUAAAGCUGUUACUCUUGCUAUUGGUGAUGGCGCUAAUGAUGUAGCAAUGAUACAAAAAGCACACAUCGGUGUUGGAAUUUCUGGGGUUGAAGGACUUCAAGCUGCCUGUGCAUCAGACUAUUCAAUUGCCCAAUUCCGAUUUCUAAAACGAUUAUUAUUUGUACAUGGAUCAUGGAAUUAUAAUAGAAUGUGCAAACUUAUUUUAUAUUCUUUUUAUAAAAAUAUUUGUCUUUAUGUUAUCGAAUUAUGGUUUGCGAUGUACUCAGGAUGGUCUGGACAAAUAUUAUUUGAAAGAUGGUCUAUAGGUAUUUAUAAUGUAAUCUUUACUGCAGCACCACCACUUGCAAUGGGUCUUUUCGAUAAAGUUUGCUCUGCUGAAACUCAUCUAGCUCAUCCAAGAUUAUAUGCUGCCAAGAACGAAUCAACAUUUAAUAUCAAGGUAUUCUGGAUUUGGAUUUUGAAUGCAUUGGUUCAUUCAUCCCUAUUAUAUUGGCUGUCAUUAUUGGCAUUAGAACAUGAAAUUAUAUGGGCAAACGGUCGAGAUGGUGGAUAUAUAGUUUUAGGAAAUUUUGUAUACACAUACGUGGUGGUAACAGUUUGUGGAAAAGCAGGACUUGUCACAAACUCUUGGACGUGGUUUACUCAUUUAGCAACGUGGGGAUCCAUCAUUCUUUGGUUUUUAUUUAUUUUCAUUUACAGUAACUUCUGGCCAGUAUUAAAUGUUGGUGCUGUAAUGUUGGGCAAUGAUAAAAUGCUUUUUUCAUCACCAGUUUUCUGGUUGGGUCUGAUUUUAAUACCUACCGCAGUUUUACUUAUUGAUGUGACAGUCAAAGCAGUGAAAAAUACUAUUUUUAAAUCAUUAACCGAAGCGGCAAGAGAACAAGAGAUUAAAAAAUCUGAUCCAGGAGAUUUAUUUACAAAUCAAGAUUAUAGGAGCUCCAGGAAUUCAAGAAAGAUGGUUCCGAAUAUUAUGAAUCGGUGUUUAUGCGUACUUCGGUCCGGACGAAAACGACGUUUGAAGAUUUGUCCAUUCAAAUUUAUACCACGUCGUUCAUGGCUUCAACAAUCAUUCAAGCCACAAACCGGUCCAUUGCAAGAUGUAUCUGUUUCCUCUAGAAAUGCUAGAACUCCUUCACUUCCGCACAAUUUUCAACGUACUAUCUAUUCGCCGCGCGCAUGUGAAAUAAAUCAUGUCAUAAGAAUUGAUUAAUUAAACAACUAAUUGUUAUUACCAUGGUGGUUGUUGUUGCUGUUGUUGUUGUUGAUGUUGUUGUUGUUUUUCAUUGUUUUUAUUGAUAUUUUUUAUUAUUUUAUUGAUAAAAAUGAAUAUUUUUCGAGUGAAGAAUGUUUUUCUGAUAUAAUUUAAUAUUAAUCAAACUAUCCU